AUGACAGCCAGACGUUGUUUAUGAUUUCAUCGCUAAAAAUAGAACGCUGUAAAAACUUGUAAAACACGAGCGAGCCAAAUGUAAUGAAAAAAAAAAUCAGUCAUAAACUGCAUUGAAAAAUAAUUGUGCAUUACUACGCGGUGAAGAGAUUUCGAUUAAUCGAAACGAUGGUGUAAUCAUGCAUGUAUAGUGCAUUGAAAAGCUGUUGCGUGACCGCAGAACAAUUUGCAGAGAAUCUCAUAUAACGUCAAUAUUUUCGAUUGGGCUUAUUUUAUUCGACUGACCACCGCCCCGAGUAGCAAGAGGUACUAAAUAUGAGCACCCGACCAAGUCCGGCACCGUUCAAGCGAUCGAUCGAUGGUCUCUUCAAUGCUUGGCUGGUGCUUCGGAACCAAGGCCACGAGAAGCCCCUCCGGAAUGCGCUGUACAAUGUGAUGAUGGUGGCUGUGGUGGGAGUGGUCAUCGGAGUGACUCUCGUCCUAGCUCCGUUCUUCAAACCGCUCCUGUGGGCAUUCCUGUUCGGUGCGGUUCUCUUUCCGGCCAAAAAACGCAUAGCGGAAGCCCUCAACCGGUGGAUCGAGCGAAUCGAACGGGACGAAAAGCAUCUUCUGCUAGGGGUGCUGGGCGCUCCCGUCCAGGGAAUCGACUCGCUGGGCGAGUUCCUGACCGAGUGGCUGCUUGGGCAUCUGAAGAUCAUCGGAAUCGGAUUCGGGGGCUUGAUCACGCUCCGGCUGCUGGUUUGGGUUGCCCCGACCGAGGUGUUUCUUUCGGUGUGGAACUUCAUCGUUUGGAAGCACUCGCUGUUUCGGGCUUUGCUCGGUUCGUUGACGUUGCAGAUGCUGGUGAUCAUCGUCGUGCUGUACGUGGCCAGCGUCUAUAUGCUAUGGAAACCGGAGCUUUCCACUCCAUUCUUGAUCAUCGGACAGCUUCUAUGGGUGCUGAUCGUGGGGUACGGAUGUAGCUUCUUGGGAGCCCUCCAAGUACCCGUGUUCCUGGGACUACUCUCCUACGGUGCCAUCGGUCUCAUUUACAACCUUCAGAAGGACGAGAAAAAUGCGCGGUUCAUUGACAAGUGGCACAGUUUGCUGGAUGUCACUAGUUACCGGCUGGACGAUAGCAAAGUGGAACCCUCCGAAGGCUCGAGGAUCGAAGAGCUAAAAUCAAAGAUGCAGCUGGACGUUAGCGCGACUCCUCAGCUAUCCAGCACAAUGAACGAUACUCGAAACGCUACCAUCAACAGCACGAUGGAACGAACUCACGAAUCACUGGAAAGUGAUUCCUACUUCAGGAUACUCUUCUAUGCCUGUGGGGCAGUACUCAUUUGGAUGCACACGUGGAUUUUGUUCUUGGGUGUCAUUCCCAUAUUUCUGCACGUGGUCAAGCGCAUAGCAGAAUACCUCGGUUUGGUACAGUGCAUUACUCAGCAAAUCCAUGACUAUUGGGAAUUACUGAAGCUUUGGUUAUUUCCUCGCCAUUCGGCACUGCUGCCUCUGUGUUUGCCCGGAAUAUUGCGGGUCAACGCAAACAUCCAUCGGUACGCUUGUGCCAAAAUUCGAUCCUAUAUCGACGACAUCAGUUCAAUCGUCAUGAUUGGAUUCCUCAGCGUGCUGGUCAUGCUGGUCAGUGUAUUUGCCUUCGCGCAAAUCUAUUCGGAAACAAUUGCCGUGGCACAGCUUGGCAGCAAUUUGGUCAACCGAACGCUCACUCAUCGACCGGAGUUGAUUGAAAUGCUUCCCAUCGAUAUGCAAUCGAUGGACAACAUUAUCGACAACGCGUACAAGUACGGCCGUUCCCACAUCGAACAGUAUGUGGACGGCAUUUUCAACGAUACGGAUCCGACGCAGGCCAAAAAGCUCAAGUGCCAAAUUUUGAGCGUAUGGGAUAGACUCAUUCAGAGCUGGAUGGAUCGCAACAAUGGGGAUGGUUUGGUUGGGCCACGAGUCAGCAGCCAGUCGAUUCGGGUGACGAUCGACGAAAUUUUCAUCAAUCCAAUAACCAAGGCCGGUAUCAUUGGGUUUGUCAAAAGUAACAUUGGAAUGUUACUUGAAGUGGCCGAUUCGCUGUGGAUCCUGCUGCGAACUAAUCUCACCCUUUUGGCCUCCGCUAUUGGAACGCUUGUUUCGGUCAUUCUGGGCGGAGGUCACGCCGUACUAAAAUUCCUAUUUCACACUAUCAUCUUCUUCACCACACUGUACUACUUGCUGCAAAGCAGUCAAGAUCGCUACGCACCUACAGCGAUCACUAUCAAUAAUUCGUGGGGGCCUCGGAUUAUCCAAGCGCUGGAAGAUUCAAUUUCCAGUGUCGUGGUGGCGACCUUGAAGUUGGCCCUAUUUCACGGUCUGUUCACAUGGCUUACGCACACAAUCGUAGGGGCACAUAUCGUCUACUUGCCAGCUGUACUGGCAUCGAUUCUAGCUGCCGCACCUUUCCUGGAGAGUUACUGGUGCAGCGUGCCGGCAUUUCUGGACCUCUGGCUGUCGCAGGAUCGGUUCUGGCUGGGAUCACUUCUGGUGUUGGUGCACUUCAUAGUUCCGUCCAAUUUUAAUCCAAUCAUACACUCGGAAAUCAAAGGUGGUGGUCACCCGUACUUGACCGGCCUGUCGAUUGCCGGUGGAAUGUACCUUUUCGGGCUGGAGGGUGCCUUGUUGGGACCCCUGUUGCUCUGUGUGAUGGUUGUGCUUUUCGAAGUUACCAUGAGUGCUAUCCGAGACUCGCCAGUUACUCCUCAAACGAGGAAAUCCAGCUUAGAUACAAACAACGAGCUUUACUCACCUGCAACGACUUUAUCUAAAGAGUGGCAAGCAUUUGUCCAUGGGGAAGACCAACUAUCGCUUCAGCGGAUAUCCCGAAAUGGCGGACGCGUCCGGAUCAGCGCUGAUGAUGGGUUACCCAUCGAUGGGACCACAACCGACGACGGCAGCGACUACUCCGGGAGCAGCGCCACGUCCUACGUAGAAAGCCUCCACGGCCCGGAAGAGAGUUUUAUCAUUUGAUUUGUCCAGCUCCUCACUACUUCUGAGAAAAGGUGCCUGAAGUCUACAGGACAACCGGUUUGUCGUGCUUACCUGGUACGAACCAAAGCGUACGUUGAUUAUUAUUUGUUAGGUUUGAAUGUUUAGCUGAAGACAUAUAUUUUUUAUAAUCGCUUAAAGGCGUUUGAAUAACACUAAUUAAUGUGAUAUAAUGUAAUCUAGGUAGAUUAAAUGAUUAAAUAACAGGAAUGUCAAAAAAUAGUGUACUAACGACCUGCAAAAUUGUUAUUAA